AUGAAGCGUCCGUUCAGCCCGUCACUCCUUCUAACCACGGACUUCCCGGCGCUCUCGGUGCAAAUGGACGCUUGCAACGCCCAAAACUUGACCGCGCUUCACCCGGACUUCCACCAGGCUCCACACGGGGGCGCCCUACACACCUCCUCCUCUUCCUCGGCCCAGCAUCACAGGCCGAAGCGGGAGAGGAAACAUCGCAGCUUCACUCUCUGCGACGUGUGCAACAUUCAGCUGAACUCGGCGGCUCAGGCCCAGAUCCACUACAACGGGAAGUCGCACCAGAAGAGGCUCAAGCAGAUCAGCAACGGGAAGCUACGGGAAGUCGCCACAGGUAGGAACGCAAAAAAAGAAAUUACAACGUUUACCAAACGCUGA